AUGACUGCGAGCGCGCGCUUACGUAAUUACAGGACGCGGUACGAAAGCCUGCGGGUCGCGAUUAUCGAAGGUAGUCCUAUAUACGUUAGCACAUCCAUCAACACCAUCCUCGAGCGCGGCUUCCUCCCCGCACCACCAUCCGCGUACUACACGCUCUACCCGCGCGCCCUCGACUCAACAGCCCCCGCCGCGCCCUCGAUCUUAAGUCAGUCCAAAUCCGCGAACCUCAUCCACCUCGAGGGCCGCGUCGCGGUGUCGUCCGAGGUCGUGGAGGCGCGGACGCCCGAGGAGGUCGCUGGGCGCGCGGAUUGGGAGGACAACACGGAGAAGCGGGAGGCGAGCUUGCGCGAGCGGAAGGCGCAGAUGAUCCUGGCGGCGAGGCGCAGGCGAAGGAGGCAGCAACAGCCGUUCACGGUGAAGGACGUGCAGGUGAAGGCGGACACCCCCCAAGUCCGCGGUCUCUCGGCGACUCGCCGGCCGUUCAAGCUGCCCGAUCAUUGGCUUGUCACCUCUCAGGUCGACGUGAUCCCGUUCAUCCAGGCUGCCAUCCUCGAAGAACGGAACCUCGAACAGUCAUCCAACGCGCGCACGCCCACGAAGUGGCAAGUCGCAUACAUGAGCCCGCGCCUCGGGGUGCUGAACGAUAUCCCGUUCGCGAUUCCGUUCGAAGUGCGCGUGUCCAUCUUCCGGCAGUUCGUCGCAUCGGACCUUGUCGCGCGCGGGCUGCUCUCCACCUCGAGGCGGCACGCAUUGUAUCCCAAAACACGGGUGAUCGUGCGCCGGGAGAGCGUCGCACAGGGCGGGUUCGAACACCUAGGCGACAUCGACUUGCACGCGCCCGUCGCGAUCACGCUUGAGGUGGUCCAUACGGGCCGCGGACUGUGGUCGGCGAAUAAGAAGAAUGGGCUGUAUUCGAACCCGCAUUCGUAUGCGACGGAGGCGCAUAGCUUGACCUGGUAUCGCUUCAUUGGGCGGAUACUGGGGAAGGCGUUGUACGAUGGGAUUAUAGUCGACGUGGCGUUUGCCGGGUUCUUUCUUGCAAAGUGGCUCGGCCAGCACAUUAACACUGGCGAUCCCGAAGAGCUCUCGCUCAACUUCACCGUUGUGGUGCAAGAGUUCGACGUCGCACGCACAGUCGACCUCAUCCCGAACGGGAGCAACAUCGUCAUCACGCCCGAGAACCGGCUGCAGUACAUCUUCCUCGUGAGCCACUACCGACUGACAAAGCAGAUCAAGGAGCAGAGCGAGGCGUUCUUCGAGGGCCUCUCGGAGAUGAUCACGCCGCGGUGGUUGCGGAUGUUCAACCAGCAGGAGCUCUAGAUCCUGCUCGGCGGCGUGAACGCGCCUA